UGGAAAAAGUACUGGUUAUUGGCUCCGGCCCCAUCGUCAUCGGCCAGGCCGCCGAGUUUGACUACGCGGGAACCCAAAGCCUGCAAGGCCUUGCGGGAAGAGGGCGUGUCCGUCGUGCUGGUCAACUCCAACCCCGCCACCAUCAUGACCGACACGGACAUUGCCGACCACGUCUACAUCGAACCCCUGACCGUUGAGGUCAUUGAGCGUAUCAUCGCCAAGGAGCGACCCCAGGGCAUCCUUCCUACCCUGGGCGGCCAGACGGGCCUGAACAUGGCCGUGGCCCUGUCCGACGCCGGCGUGCUGGACCGGUACAACGUGCGGCUGCUUGGCACUCCGUUGGAGACCAUCCGCAAGGCCGAAGACCGUGAAUUCUUCCGCAACUUCCUGCAUGACAUCGGCGAACCGGAACCGCCCAACCGUACCGUAAACUCGAUGGAAGAGGCGUUGGCCUACCGCGAAGAGAUGGGGUUGCCCCUGGUGGUCCGUCCCGCCUACACCCUGGGCGGCACUGGCGGCGGAAUCGCCAAUACCCAGGGAGAGUUUGAGGCGACAGUAGCCAGCGGCCUGGCCUCCAGCCCCAUUUCCCAGGUGCUCCUUGAACGCUCCCUGGUCGGCUGGAAGGAGAUCGAGUACGAGGUUAUCCGGGACGGGGACGACAACUGCAUUACCGUCUGCAACAUGGAGAAUCUCGACCCCAUGGGCGCGCACACUGGCGACAGCAUUGUGGUCGCGCCCAGCCAGACCCUGACCGACAAGGAAUACCAGAUGCUGCGCUCCGCCAGCCUCAAGAUUAUCCGGGGCCUGGGCAUUGAGGGCGGCUGCAACAUCCAGAUGGCCGAGCCGGACUCUCCCUACUACGUUAUUGAAGUCAACCCUCGGGUAAGCCGCAGCUCAGCUCUGGCCAGCAAGGCCACCGGCUACCCCAUCGCCCGGGUUUCCGCCAAGAUCGCCGUGGGCAAGCGGCUGCACGAGAUUCCCAACGCCGUUACCGGCAAGACCGGCGCGGCCUUUGAGCCGGCCCUGGACUACUGCGUGGUCAAGAUUCCCCGUUGGCCCUUUGACAAGUUCCCCAACGGCGACCGCCAGAUUACAACGCAGAUGAAGGCCACCGGCGAGGUGAUGGCCAUCGACCGCUCCUUUGAGGCGGCGCUGCAAAAGGCCAUUCGCUCGCUGGAAAUCGGCAACCGGACCCUCCUCUGCCACGGGGAAGGCCCGGACACCAGAAAUUUGAUGGAGCCCAACGACCUGCGCCUGUGGGCGUUGAUGGCUGCCCUGCGCCGCAACACCCCACCGGAAGAGUUGAUGGGCAAGACCUUCAUUGACCCCUGGUUCAUCAGUGCCAUGCAGCGCAUCGUCAACAUGGAACGCCGUCUGCUGGGCGAAACUUUGACUCCCGACCUCCUGUACCGGGCCAAGCGGCUGGGCUUUUCCGACCGCCAGGUGGGUACCCUGGCCGAUAUGCUUCCGGAGCAGGUGCGGAACCUCCGGCACGACUGGAACCUCCGCCCGGUAUACAAGAUGGUGGAUACCUGCGCUGCCGAGUUCGAGGCCGUCACCCCCUACUACUACAGCACCUACGAAGAGGAGAACGAGGCCCUGCCCUUGCCAGGGAAAAAGGCCAUAGUCAUCGGCAGCGGCCCCAUCCGCAUCGGCCAGGGCAUCGAGUUUGACUACUGCAGCGUCCACGCCGCUUGGGCGUUGUCCCAGGCCGGCGUCUCCAGCGUAAUGAUCAACUCCAACCCGGAAACGGUGUCCACCGACUUCGACACCAGCGACCGGCUCUACUUCGAGCCCCUAGACGAGGAGGCGGUGCGGGACAUCAUCGACAACGAGACGGUGGACGACGUGCCCCCGCCUUCCGUGGUCCAGUUCGGCGGGCAGACGGCCAUCAACCUUUCCCAGGGCCCUGGCCCGCGCCGGUCUGCCUAUCCUGGGCUCCAGCGCCGAUGCCAUUGA